AUGAAAAAACAAUUUGAAGUAACUCUUCAACACUUUUACAAGAAUAGCUGGUUAAAACAUGAAUUUGAAGAAGUCCCAAAUUAUGAUAUAGAAUUUUUAACUAUAUAUAAAUAUUGGUUGAAUAGUAAUAGGCAUGGUGGUUAUUUCUUUGCUGUAAUGAUUAAAG